UGGCCUACAGCUGCUCUUCGCAGUGCUUGCUGCUUCCUUGGUCUUAGACCUGCGGGCCUUGGCCUGGUCAGCCAGAAGCUUCUCGUGAGCCUUGUCUGCCUUCAGCUUGUGGAUGUGUCCCCUGAGAAUCUGCUUGUUUUUGAACACAUUACCCUUCACUUUCAGUCCAGUUACAACGCAGGGAUCACAGCAAACACAGCCGCCACAGAAGCACUAUGGCAUUACCUCUCCUAUCAGCUUAGCAGCCCCCAAGGAGACCGACUGCCUGCUUACACAGAAACUAAUUGAGACUCUGAAACCCUAUGGGGUUUUUGAAGAAGAAGAGGAACUGCAGCGCAGGAUUUUAAUUUUGGGAAAAUUAAAUAACCUGGUAAAAGAGUGGAUACGAGAAAUCAGUGAAAGCAAGAAUCUUCCACAAUCUGUAAUUGAAAAUGUUGGAGGAAAAAUUUUUACAUUUGGAUCUUACAGAUUAGGAGUACACACAAAAGGUGCCGAUAUUGAUGCGUUGUGUGUUGCACCAAGGCAUGUUGAUCGAAGUGACUUUUUCACCUCAUUCUAUGAUAAGUUGAAAUUACAGGAAGAAGUAAAAGAUUUAAGAGCUGUUGAAGAGGCAUUUGUGCCAGUUAUCAAACUGUGUUUUGAUGGGAUAGAGAUUGAUAUUUUAUUUGCAAGAUUAGCACUACAGACUAUUCCAGAAGACUUGGACUUACGAGAUGACAGUCUGCUUAAAAAUUUAGAUAUAAGAUGCAUAAGAAGUCUUAACGGUUGCAGGGUAACCGAUGAAAUUUUACACCUAGUACCAAACAUUGACAACUUCAGGUUAACUCUGAGAGCUAUCAAACUGUGGGCCAAACGCCACAACAUCUAUUCCAAUAUAUUAGGUUUCCUCGGUGGUGUUUCCUGGGCUAUGCUAGUAGCAAGAACUUGCCAGCUUUAUCCAAAUGCAAUAGCAUCAACUCUUGUACAUAAAUUUUUCUUGGUAUUUUCUAAAUGGGAAUGGCCAAAUCCAGUGCUAUUGAAACAGCCUGAAGAAUGCAAUCUUAAUUUGCCUGUAUGGGACCCAAGGGUAAACCCCAGUGAUAGGUACCAUCUUAUGCCUAUAAUUACACCAGCAUACCCACAGCAGAACUCCACGUACAAUGUGUCCGUUUCAACACGGAUGGUCAUGGUUGAGGAGUUUAAACAAGGUCUUGCUAUCACAGAUGAAAUUUUGCUGAGUAAGGGAGAGUGGUCCAAACUUUUUGAAGCUCCAAACUUCUUUCAAAAGUACAAGCAUUAUAUUGUACUUCUAGCAAGUGCACCAACAGAAAAACAACGCCUAGAAUGGGUGGGCUUGGUGGAAUCGAAAAUCCGAAUCUUGGUUGGAAGUUUGGAGAAGAAUGAAUUUAUUACACUGGCUCAUGUGAAUCCCCAGUCAUUUCCGGCACCCAAAGAAAAUCCUGACAAGGAAGAAUUUCGCACGAUGUGGGUGAUUGGAUUAGUGUUUAAAAAAACGGAAAACUCUGAAAAUCUCAGUGUUGAUCUCACCUAUGAUAUUCAGUCCUUCACAGAUACAGUUUAUAGGCAAGCAAUAAACAGCAAGAUGUUUGAGGUGGACAUGAAAAUUGCUGCAAUGCAUGUAAAAAGAAAGCAACUCCAUGAACUACUACCUAAUCAUGUGCUUCAAAAAAAGAAAAAGCAUUCAACAGAAGGUGUCAGAUUGACACCUCUGAAUGAGAACAGCCUCGACUUGUCUAUGGACAGUGAUAACAGCAUGUCUGUGCCUUCACCUACUAGUGCUAUGAAGACCAGUCCAUUGAACAGUUCUGGCAGCUCUCAGGGCAGAAACAGUCCUGCUCCAGCUGUGACAGCAGCAUCUGUGACCAACGUCCAGGCCGCCGAAGUUCCUGCGCCACAAGUGGAUUCCAGUGAAAGCUCAGGGGGCAAGGGAAUUGGUUUGACAGGUACAUCGAGCGAGAGCAUUCCUCAAACUGCCACACAGCCAGCCAUUUCAUCACCACCAAAGCCUGCGGUCUCCAGAGUGGUUUCUGCAACACGCCUGGUCAACCCACCACCACGACCUUCAGGAAAUGCAGCAACAAAAAUACCUAAUCCCACGGGAGGGGUCAAGAGGAAAUCCUCACCUCACAGAGAAGAAAGUCCCAAGAAAACCAAAACAGAAGAGGAUGAAACAAGUGAAGAUGCUAACUGUCCUGCUUUGAGUGGACAUGAUAAAACAGAAACGAAGGAACAACUUGAUACAGAGACAAGUACAACUCAAUCAGAGACUGUUCAGACAGCGGCUUCUCUGUUGGCCUCUCAGAAAACAUCCAGUACAGACCUUUCUGAUAUCCCUGCUCUCCCUGCAAAUCCUAUUCCUGUUAUCAAGAAUUCAAUAAAACUGAGAUUGAAUCGGUAAAAACAACCUCAGGGGUCCAUAAACAAUAUCUGCCAACUCAACCUGUUGUCUUCAAAUGCUAAGAAAGGAGACUGGAGGGUACAAGACUAGACAUGGCUGAACAUGGAUGUAGGUUUGUGUGACCUCCCUUACUGGGCUAAGCAGCACUUGAUCGGAAGUCCAGGUUAGUAUGUGAAGCCAGGAGCACUGUUAUUAUUGUGUUAGCAACAGUUGCAUUAACUAUUUUAAAAAAUUACUGCCUUUUAAAAAAAACAAAAAACACAAAACAAACACACAC